AUGCCAUCCGAAGAGCCCAUACCCAAUCUUGGUAGCUCACAUUCAGAACACGAAGGCAGCCAUGAAGAGAACAUCACAGACGAUGGUCAAGAUGUCAAAGUUGCAGUUUUCUUCACAAUCUAUGUCAACAUGCCACCAAGACAAGGACAUCGCGGUAUGGUCCGGGUUCCACCAAGAUGCUUCAAACAUCACAAAGGAUGCUUGAUUCAAAUGUGUCAGGCUCUGUGA